GGGAAAAAUUUAAAGCCAGACAUGCUAUUGUUACUAAGUCAUCGAUUUUAGCAGGUGCAUGAAGUUAGUUCUCGUUGUUCGUUGCCUUUACGAUUCUUCAAUAUAGUCACGCUCGUUCAUCCUAUUGUUCUACUGACAGCCGUCAAUCAAACUCUUACCUUUUCAAAAGUGUACCGCGCGAUAGCUGGGUUCUCCAGGGAGAGAGUCAAGUAAUCACAUAAUCUGCUCCGCACGUCGAGUCUCGCUCAUGGCGACCAAACCAACGGAGCAGAAACCAGUUACUCCCAGUGAAAAUCCAGCAAACCCGAAAGAGGGAGAGGCAACAGCCGCUCCACAAGAUGAGCAGAAAAAGCCUGCGAAGAAAACGGAGCUGGCAAUCUUGAACUUUGUGUUGAAAUAUCUGAAAUUGGUCGGAGGAGCAUUGUUGAUUUGGUUCAUGGGCUGGCUUGGGUUGAGUUAUGUAUGGAUAGUUACUGGAUUUUUCAUCUACGUUUUAUGGCGAAUGAAUCAAGAUGAAAGAAAAUCUAGAAGAGAUGCUUUCAGAGAAGCUACGGAGAAAGAGCAGCAAGUGGUUGAGGCUCGAAUGGAGGAUCUUCCUUCCUGGGUAAGACAGACUCGCGCGUCUGUUGACUUGUCUGUUAUUUGCAGAUUUCAUUUCUAUUUAAACUUACGACUUGAGCUUUCUGUAGACGCAUUUUACCCGUCAAACGUAUUCUUUUAGAAGCUUAUAAAACAUAACCAAGUCAAUUUUAGAGGGCUUUAAUUUCUUAUUUUCUCGUCUUCAACGUUUUAUGAACCGAACACGUUUCCUCGCGAUCGUACGUGUAAUUUCUCGAUCGUAUGUCGUAAAUUCAUUGCCUGACACUUGUCGCCUAUAUAUUUUCAAUUUAGCCCAUACACCUGACAAGCAACUUAACCAAUUCAUUUGUGUUCGGAUUGAUUGAAAUAUUGUAGAAAAGAAACAUUUAUAUUCUUGCCGAGCUUGAACGUGUUAAUGCUUUGGUUUAGAUAAUACCUGUAUGUUAGGUGUGGUCUAAACAUGCUGGAACAUUCGCACAGAAUAUAUUUUGUGUUGGAAUUUAGGAGCAAAUAUUCGAGAACGCCUCUAAAACAGAUAACUGGCCUUGCUUGGCGUGCGACAUUGAGCGAAAAACAGCUUGAUGGACCGGGAAUAAUGAAGUACUGUACUUAACAGAAUAUAAACACGUCAACUUUCACAGCCAUUUUGUGGCAACCAUCCAAAUGAUGAUGUUUUUAAGAAUUUGAGAAAUAUAAGUUUAAUAGAUCCUUUCCUUGGAGUCGUUCAAAAUUUUAUUUUGAGGUCAAAUCGGGCUGAAUUCUGCAAGUUUGGCGUGUGCUCGUUUCUUCUUGGAAUUUGUUCUCAGUUACAUUGUAGUUUGAACAAAUUUGUGUAUCAUAAAUAUUGAAGGAUCGUCCCACUAGAGACUGAAAAUAUUAAUUUUGUUCUAGAUGCCCAAAAUUUAUAUUUUCAUAGCGUCAAGGGUUGUUGUCAGUCAAAGCUUUGAAGUCCUGUUGGGUGGCUUUUAAGGAAAGUAGCUCAUGGGUUUAAUGUUGUGUACGUCAGAGUUGAGUAAAUAUUAAUGUAUAUGUUUUUAUCGCGGCAAAGACUUCAUAAUAUAGUUCCCCUGGUGAGAGCUCUUUGUAAUUUUGCCGUAAAAUAUAAUUUGAGAAUAAUAUUGUCAUUGCUCGGAGGCAAUCCAAGAGAAUUACAAUGUCGAUGAUGGACGAUACAUUAUUUUUUUACUGCUAAGUUUUUUUUUUGAAACAUUUAAAAUUUGUUUUUCAUUCCACAUUUCAAAAAAUGAGUUUUGCAAGCCCUUACACAAAUAUAAGACUGGAAUUGUAGGUUUUAUUUUUCGUGUUACAAAUGCUUUUUUCCAUACGAUAUGUCAGCUGCUUAUUACUCUUUCAAUUGCUAUCAGCAGCUGUUAAGGAACAUUUUAAUUUGAAGACUCUUUUCUUUUAAUUAGCUACCCCAGUCUAGUCUCCAUGUAUAUUAUGAAAAUGAUAAUCCCGCUCAUGUACAUAACAAAUUUGUAAAAUUUUGAAGGUUAUACUUUCUGGAUAACAAUUUAUUCAAAGAAACUUGGUACCUCUUAUACUUACGAGACAACAAGCACCCCUAGGCUAAAAGCUUUUAAAUGUGAACAUUAUUUUACAAAGUAGACAUGCAGAUUGGGCUGGUGACAGCCUGCACGAAUCAUACAUUGAAUAGUGUUGUGCAUGUUACCAAAGAAAUUCAUUGUAGCUGGAUGCCACUUUUUGAGCCUAAGGUGUUUGAUACAACAACAACAAUAAUGAUAUUAAUGAUCGCCAGAUGGUUGAAACGUCGUUCUUUUUAAUGUUAAUUUUGAAAGUGAAAUCCGUUCGAAAAAUUUGUUGAUUCGAAUAAUAAUAAUAAUAAUAAUCCCUUGUUGAUGUCCCGCCUUUUUCUGUAGCCAAAUUAGGCCCAACAGUCUGAAGUUUGGCAGCAUUCAUCAAUCAAUUGUUAGAACUUAACUUUUACAUGUAGUUCUUAUAAUGGCUAAAAAAUGGUACUAUUAAUUGUUUGUGCUGUAGAGGCCAGGAUGUAUACAUGUAUGUAAAAUAGUUUAAAAGCUGUUAAGAAUCUAGCCUCCCACGCAGGGGAUUUUUAGGAAGCUCCCUACAAACACCUGCUCAACCGAGAACAACAUUCCUUUCCUAAGCUUAGCCAAUCAAAUUGUACUUUCCAAAUUCUGGAAAGUUGACCUUGACUGCAGGGUAACCCAAUAAUUACUCGAUCUGCAUGAGACACUGGGAAAGCUUUAUGAUCUCUAAUAAAAUAAUGUUAGACUCGGAGCUGCAAAAGUAAGAUUUAGUUAGAUUUUAGAAUACUCUGUGCACUGCAUAACAUUAGCGAAGGAAAGAAAAGAAGGAAAACGGUAACUGUAGGGUCAUUUUUUAACACUACCACGAGCUUAUGAGUCGUGUUUAGCCUGUCAACACUUUAUUUAAAACUGUUGAUUGGUCACUUACCUCGCAAAUGAAACAAUGGGAAAGGUAUGUCGUUCUCAUUUGAGCUGGCGUUUGUGGGGAGGGAUGAAAUACAAACCCCCCUAACAACGCCUGCGUGCGAGGCAGGAGGCUAUUAAGAAUCAGAAUACAAAAGUAUUUCCCUGUUUUGUCAGAAAUAUAAUUUUGUUUUCCUAAUGGCGAAAUUUAUACUAGAGAUGAAUUAUUCAUCUGAAAGGUGUUACCGUUGUGCCCAUCGGAGAGUGAAUGAUUAUUAGAUAAAUUAUGGCCUAAUUUUGUCUCUUACUGAUUUGUCUAUCAUUAUACAAUGUAUCUGAUAGAUGUCCUGACAGGCAAAUAGUUUGUCUGGCAUAGAUAAUCCAUCUGUAAAUUUAUAUCUGGACAGAAAUGAAAACAAAUUCAUGCAAAGUUUUCACUUUAAAGGUACUGGUACAUAUACUUAUCUCUUUGAGAUGAGUGGGAGAUGAUCCUGGAGAAUUUUCUCUGUGAACAUUUGGGCGUAAAAAAUGAAUUUAACAUUAACUCUUACCAAGGGCAAAAUGUUGGUAGGGGAGGGGAAGUUUAAAAUGUGCAAAACUGAUUAUUAUUAUUUCAUGUACCACUGUACAUGUAUGAUGAUCACUUUUUAUAAAUAAAAGUUAACCCUCUAUCCUGUUCAUGUACAACUGUAUGUGCCACCAUAAAUGUACAUGUAUGACAUACCUGUACAUGUAUAUUAUGGUAGAACAAGCAUGUACUUCUCUUGUGAUCUUGGCUUUUUUUGCACUCACAAUACGUUUCAGGUUGUGCUCUAGCAGAGCCCGGUGGUCCCUGAUGCCUAAAUUUUGCUCUUGGGUGACGAAAAUCGGAGUGUUUUUCUUACAAAUCACUAUGCUGGGCACCCUAGAUUUUACAGGUUCAGAUCACUGGGCUCCCUUUAAUUUUCUUAGAGCACAGCUUUGCAUUUAUAAACAAUUCAUAGUGUUGUUUCUGUGGCCAAAAUUUUGCUCUUAUCUUAAGACUAGAAGCUUACUGCUCAUUUUGCUGUGAUAGAAGAAUUUGCAGAUGGUUGAUCAUGUUUAAGGCAUGAAAAAGUUUACGAGGUUUACUGACUCCAUAAGAUAGUUAAAGUCAUUGAUGAAACUACUGAUUUUUGUUGCAGGUUUUCUUUCCUGAUGUAGAAAGAGCAGAAUGGCUCAACAAGGUAAACUGUAUAUCAUUUUAUAAGUUUUCAUUGCAAUUUGUUAUCAAAAUUGCAUGCAAUAAAAUAACAUUCCAGUCCGAUUAUGUGAGGCUCACUGUUAAAGGAACUGCCUCACAGUUUUUGCAUCAUACACAUUUAGCCCAAAUUUUUCAGUAUUAUUCAAUCUGUGGUAAUCUUCUUCAUCAUAAAUCAUGGUUAAUCUUUCAUACAUGUUGUUUAGAGUUAUCUCUAAAUGGUUCUUUUCUUAUUUUACCAGAAAUUAGGAUUUUUUAUUUCAGGUUUCCACCUGUUCAAUGUCAAGCUACAGUAAGAGUAUAUUGCAAAAUAGUAAUUACUCAAAUUACACACAAACGUUCUAGGCAGUCACAGAGCUCAGGACUUAAAUUAAAAUAAUUUAAGGCUGGAUUGGAAUUGCUACUGCUGUGUGGGCAUUCCUUGUUCCUGUGCUGUGGUGUCUAAAUGUCAAAGUUCCUCCUUGAUGUUUUCUCUGAAGACUACAUGUAUGCAUAACUUGUACGCUGUAAAUGGGUGAAUAAAAGCCUUGAGAAUUGCUGUGAUUUGCUCUACUUGUUUUAUAUGGCUGAAAUUAGUUUGCUGCUUUUUUUUGGCUUUAGAUGCUUGUUCAACUGUGGCCAUACAUCAAUGAUAUGGUGAUAAAGAUUUUGAAAGAAACUGUGGAGCCGGAGAUUCAGAAAAAUAUGCCCAGUUUUCUCAGCUCCAUUCAUUUUGAAGAAAUCUCUCUUGGUGAAGUGGUAGGUCAACUCUUACAAGUUGAAUUACUGACAGGGGAGGUGACAGUUGAAACUAAAAGUUACCAGCAGUUGACAACAAGACUUUUUAUCUACAGGAGAUUAACUUUAAAACUAUUGCUUUAGGAGGAUGGAGAAUGGAAAAAUUCUGAGGAGGUUGAUAACCACAGCAAAAAAGGAGCAGGAGCUCUGUCUAGUGCAUCCUCACAAUGGAGUUUUCACCACCUCCAGCAUUUUGAUGAAUUAGAUUUUUUUUACUGUCCCUGAACUUUUUCAUCCUCAUUUCCAUUAUAAAAGAAAAAUCCUGCCACCCAUACUGUGAACUGCCACUUUACAUAAGUGCUGGGCCUAUGCAUCUUCCUAAGAGGUUUUAGGAGGACUCAUAAACUGAGGAGCUUCUAUCUGAGGAGAUUUAUAGCUGGAACAGAAAUAGCUCUUUGAAACGAGCUACUGUUAUAGUAGUGCUGAUCAAAAAAUAAUUAUUAAUUUUUGCAUUUACUCGUUUUUAAUUAAGCUUCAAUACAUCAUAAUACCGGUAAUCAAAUUCAAGAAAAGAAGGGCUAGAGGGAGGCUUACAAUCAAAUGAAAUAUCUUUUGUUAUUUACAUGUAGAUGUGCCUUUAAGGAGCUUAUAAGUGGUGGUGGGGGAUGGGGUUCUUUUACAUACAUGAAUGUAAGUGGCAGUUUAUGUUAUUGACCAGUGGAAAUGAAAUGACACAACAUGUAGUUGCUUGCCACCAUGCAGUUGCAAGGAUCUGUAUUUUUCUAGUUUUGUCAAAGCGGAAUGAACACUUAUGACAAACAUUACUUAUCUUUUUAUUUAUAGCCUCCUCGUAUCGGCGGCAUUAAGACAUACACCCAUAACGUUGACCGCAAUGAGAUAAUCAUGGAUGUUGACUUAAUGUAAGUGUUCACCACUCUGAAUUAGAUUGGUCUGCUUUUGUGGUGUAUUUUUGUCUUUUAUUAGAGAGAUUAAGAUUCACGUUUACGCCAAACGGCAAACAUGAAUUUGUACCACGUGACCAAGUUUUCCCCUUAAUUGUCAUUAAAUGUUUAUUACUUCAACUAAAAAAUAAGUAAUUUCAGGCCAGUUUUGUACAUAAGAAUAAUAUUGUUCUGGACAGUUUUUAUCUGCUUAUUUUCUAUUUUGAGAAAUUCUCAACUUGAAUCUGACGUUUGCGGUUUGGCAUAAACGUGAAUCUUAAUCUAUCUAUUAAAACAUAACACGACAACAUAUGUCACUUGAAAAAAAGUCAUUAUAAUCAUUUUGUACUAUAGUACAGUAAAAGCAGUGUGUGUUCUUUUCCUUGGUGUCUCCAGAUAAGUGUGAAUUACAAGGUUAAGAAAUUGGACUGGCAUUUCUGUUUUUUAAAACACUGUGGUAAAAAACUAUAUACAUGUAUCAGUUGACUCCCGAUAACUCGAACCCUCGUUAACUCGAACCUGGAUUUCCUUUAUACAAUAAAUUACUGCAAUUUUACCCUCGGUAACUUGAACCCAUGAUAACUCGAACCUCCUGCUAACUCUAAGUAACUCAUUUUCCCCUUCAGAUCAUUAUUAUACUCUCAACAACUCGAACCAUGUUUUAAGCAUGUGACAGGUCGAAAAAGGGGCAUGAACUGCAGUCUGAAACAUUGAAUUUAUUUUCAAAAACAACCAUGUAUUCUUUGUCUUCACUUUUUUGUCAGUCCAGUACAAGUAACCCUGUAUAGUUUUAAUAUACAAGCUUUGUGGUUUUAUAAAAGGAAUUAUUCCUUUUUCAAAAUAUCGGUACAUCUGUUGCUGCCCUUAGAUUAAGUGAAUGUGCAUGAUACUAAUAACAAAAUUGCGUUCCUUCCCUAUCCCAUUUUCUUAUUUGCUUAUUUCCAGUCAUUUACUUUAAACUCCUGAUAAGCUCUAACUUUUUUCAAUUUCCUUGAGAAGGUUCAAAUUAUCGGGAGUGGACUGUAUUUGGAUACCUGAAAAUUUAAGUUUUGUAUUCACAACAGAAUUAGGUAGAAACAUUUUGAAUAACUGUUUCUUGUUUUCUUUUAAAUAUAGUUAUGCAGGUGACUCAGAUUUUGAGCUGUCUGUCAAGGGAAUUUCAGUUGGUAUUGAAGAUCUCCAGGUAAUGUGUCCUUAUUCAUUCAACAAAUCUCUGCUACUUAACCCUAUCUUUCCCUUAAUAACCCAGUUUUGUAGCAUUGGCCUUGCUUUAGAUUGUCCUUUUUGUAAUAACGAGGUAGUCGUAUUAAUGUGGUCUUCGAAAUAAUAAAGCAAGUCAGUGUUUUUAAGUUUGGGUUGCAAUAAUGAGGUUGUUGUAUAACUGGGGUGGUUGUGAGGCAAGUUUCUACUUUGUUUUGUGUUUUCAUUUUGGUCUUGGAGUAAAACCUUGUUAAUAUUAAUUUUUACUAGCUCCAGUAACAUGUAUGUGGUCCUUUUCCAAAAAAAAAACUUUGUAUAAUUUUUUUUGUCUUAUCAGGGUGCAACGAAAAUCAUUUUAACAGCCCACCCUUCGGGCAACCUGAAACUAGCAUGUACUAGCCUGAAUACCAUUUCAGCUAGCCCAAGAUUUUUGUUUACAGGUUUUUACCUGAAUCGAGUAACUUUUAAACUGAAAUUCUAUGUGGCCGUCUGAAAUUUCCCCCAAAACUUUCACUUGCCCGUCGGGCUAGUAAAGGACACAAUCCACUAGCCCCAACGCAAAAUCCACUAGCCAUGGGCUGUCAGACAUGACUUUCAUUGCACCCUGCUUCUCUCUGGAUUAAACAGUAACUGCUCAUGGAUGAACUAUGUGGUGGGCUUUGUCUAGGAUUUUGACAUUAGGUCAGCUCAGGUAUGAUGUUUGUACCUGAGGUGACUCCAAGAUGGAAAUAGGCACGUAUUAUGGGGGUUAACAAGGGGUACGUGAGCACUCGAGAAAUUCCCUGAGUUAGUUUUGCCCUCCAGAGCGACGGUGCUGGAGUCCCAGUAGUGCAGUCGACACCCUUCAUCCUACUCUAGAAGGAAUCUGUUGUACUAAGUUAGUACUAUAUCUUUUCUUCCUGUAGAUUCGUGGUAGCCUGCGUGUGAUUCUGCGACCUCUUAUUCCAGCUGCUCCUCUUGUGGGUGGAGUCUCUGUCUUCUUUCUUAACAGACCUGUAAGUUUCCUUUUUGAAAGAUACAUACAUUGUGUUGAUAUCAGAAAUGUAUUUAAUGCAUAUAUCUACAGUAUUGCUUUGAAGAAUGAAUUGUUGAAGUAGAGUGUAUUUUUUUCCGUUUCGAUUCAUCAGGACAUAGAUUUUGAUUUAACAAAUCUGGCAAACAUACUUGACAUUCCUGGUCUAAGGUAGGUUUAUUUUCAUUCCUUACACUUGAACAGGAUAUUAUUAUAAAAUUAUGAGAAAUGUGAUAAACAUGCAUUAUGUAAAACAAUGUAUUAUUUGCUAGGAAACAGAUACUGGUAUUGGAAAUCUAGGUUGGGGAUUUGCAGUUUCUUGUUCAGAACAGGGUUAAAAUGUAGCUGAACAUGGUCUGAUGUAGGAUGACAGUUUCCGGUUUCCAGGAGCUGAGAAGUAGCCAAAAAUAUAUUGAAUAUAACUUUCAGAACACUUAUACCAUCCUAAAUUUAUAGUCAAAUUCUCAAUCCUUGUGCUCAUACACAUCCUUACAAGGAAAUAAAGAAAAGUCAUUUCCAUUACCCCAUGAUCUUCCGGACUGUAACAAGGAGAAAAAUGAUGCUGAUCUCUCUUACGGUGUUUCAAAAUAAGCCAUUCGCCACUUCAUCUUGACUAUUAAUUUGCGAUAUCUAUUUCCAUUGCAAGUGUUGGUUGUACAUGUAAAUUCCCAAAACUCAAAAUUAGGACUUCUUGUCUGCAGCUCUUACUUACAUGUACAAAACUACCACUUCUACUUUCAAACCUUGUAAAAGUACUGAAUCAUGAGUCACUUAAUUGUUUGUUCUUGUAAUUCCUUUCAGUGACAUUAUUCGUGGAGUAAUUGAUGACGUAGUUGCUGGAUUUGUGGUGCUCCCUAACAGGAUUACAGUUCCACUCACUGAUGUUGAUCCUUAUGAACUCAAAUAUCCCAUGCCUGAUGUAAGUGAAUGUUUGCUCAUUGUUUUCACUGUAUUUACAUUAAUGAGAAAGUUAUGAAAACUCCCUCAAGUUAUUAAUGAUUUAUUUCAGGGUGUUCUGCGAAUUGAAGUUUUAGAAGCUAAAGAUUUAGUCAAAAAGGACAUUGGAGUGUUCAAGAAAGGCUCUUCAGACCCAUAUGUUAUUCUCCGAGGUACAGUCUGAUUUAAUCUGGGCUUGAACAGUAAUUCUAAGAGCCCAAUCCAGGAUGUCUAGCAUGCAGAAUUGAAGACUUCUUCAUUGCGUAAAGGCAAAGGUCACACGGGGCCAUUUGUAUUAAUCUUUAUGUCAGAUGUAAUGGUGUAAAUCUGACAUUCAGCUCAGUCUAACUCAUUAUUUUCAUGCCAGACGUUAACGCUUAAAUUUUUGGAAUCCAACCCAAGAGCCCAAAAGAAUGGGCACUACUAAAGCACAACCGAGCCAGAGUCAUUUCACGAGCUCUGCUUCCAGAUCUAAGUUUUUUUUUAACAAGAAAGUACUCUUUCAUAAUUGUGUAUGUGGAUUAUGUCACUGUCCAUUAAAUGUAUAGGUUUAACUACGUGCUUUACAAGCUUGAACCUUACUGACAGUCACCUAUAAUCUGAAGUGCUUGUGUCAUUGUAUUUUUAGUGGGAGCCAAAACAUUCAAAACAAAAACAAAGGACAGUACAUUGAAUCCAGUGUGGAAUGAAGUGUUUGAGGUACAUUGUAUGCUGAGCCUCAUAUUAUUAUAAGUAUUAUUCUAAUCCUGUGUACUGUAGGUUUUUUUUUUCCAGUAAGAAAGUAAUAAGGGAAAGAAAGGCACCUUUCAGUGAAACAAAAGGAAUUGGGGCAUAAAUAUGGAAAAAGGAAGAAACAGAAAAGAUAGAAGGAGGGAAGUGAUCAUUUGGGGUUAGAGCAUGGGUUUAGGGUUCCAUUGAGACAGCAGAAAUGCCUGCUUUCAGGCUGUGUAGUAGUUUUUCAUGUUUCCUUAGUGUAAAGAGAACUUAUCAAAGGGUUAUCAUCAUUUUGCAGGCAUUUGUUGACAACUCUCAUGGUCAGAAGAUAAAGAUUGCUGUCUUUGAUGAGGACAAGGCAUCUGAUGAUGAGAGUCUUGGAACGUUAGUAUCUUCAAUUCAGUAAAACACUAACACAUGGUAGAAGAACAGUGUACUAUAUACCAACCACCGUUCGUAAACAUGCAUUAUGAUAACUGGUCUGUGGGUAGUAAUUAUAAUGAUUGAAAUUACUCCCUUACUCUUACAGGACUUUUUUUUCAGAGGCCUAGAAAACUCCUUCAAAUUUUCCUUUUUUCUACCUACUCUUAGAUGAGUUCUGAAAUGUUAUAAUAAUGUGUACAAUUAAAAUUAUCAUUUUGCAGGGAAUCUGACAUAAUUAUGAUACAGUGGAAGAACAGCUAAGCUGCUGAAAUUUUUCUCCUAGGGAAAUUUAUUUCCACAUAAAACAUUGUUAUUAUUGGCUGGGAAAUGUUGGAGCUCUGGGGCUUAGAAGUAUUCAUGUUAUUGGCAAAUUCCAGCAAUUUCACUCUUUUUUUAUAGAACCAACCUGUCCAGAAUUUUAUCAAUCUUAUUUGCAGCUUUUUUAACUACUUGUACUUGCUUGUUCUUUUUAGUGUUGAAGCUGACAUUGGUACUAUUGUCCAGCAAGGCAAUGUUGACCUGGUAAGUUUUGUUUGAUGCAAAUAAUAUUAAUUGGUUGCAGAAUGAGUUUUCUGUACUUGCAGUAAUAUAAAACUCAGGUAUUGGGGAAGAAAUGACCUUAUUUUAUACUUUGGUAAGGUUUUAAAGUGUACAUGUAACAACACUAUAUUCCCUGUGUUAAAGUACAAAACUGACACAGAAAAGAAUCAAUGUAUCAGGAACCAAGAUUUGCACCUUUAAUGGAAUAUACAAGGCAGUUAGUGGAUUUGAUCCUUCUGAAGUCAGGUCAAGACAUAAAGGAGUCUUAUGUCUCACUCUUAGAAAGAAAACAUUUUUGAUCAAAACAAAAACAUAGGAAAUGUGGGAGCAAUUACUUAGACAAGGGGAGGGGGGAGGGGAGAGGGGAGGGGAGGGGAGAGGGGCAGAAAAAGGCUAGUUUAAAUUAUUUAUUCUAAUGAAGCAGAGAUUCCUAGAUAUUGUCCUUUCCCAGCCCUAAUGAUUCUUACUCUUGAGCAGAAAGGUAACCAGAUAUUUCUGCUUUUCUCAUACAGUGGCUUCAACUUGAGAAUGUUGAAAGUGGGCAGAUAAACUUACGUUGUACAUGGUUCACAAUGACACCUAAACCUGAGGAUCUGUCCCCAGUAAGUAUGCAAUAAUAUUAGUGGCAUUAUUAAUCAUCUGAUAAAUGAUUUGAUACAAGAUGCUCUUAGAGCAAUACCUAAUAACUCAGAGGGAAAAUAUAUAAAAAUUAUACAUGUAACUGCAAAAUAUUGGAGUAAAAUAUACAAUUCACUGUUGUUGUCACACUUUGGUUUCAUCUGCAGACUAAAAAGUCAGACCUUCAUUGCAUUGCACAAUUAUUAUUAUUAUGGAGCUACAGUAGAAUGCUUUCUUGAAGCUUUCAAUGUUAAAAAUUGAUGGUAUUAUUGAGUCUGAAAAGUGCUAGCUUAAAGCAAUAGUUUUUAAUGAGUGAAGUCUUGUACACUAUAGACAACAUUAACUUUAUCAUUUUUCUUUAUUUUACAGCCAGAGCAAGCAGUCCAGGGAGAGGAGAUGUUAGCAACAGCUGCUUUGUUUGUAAAACUUGACUCUGCCAAAAAUCUCCCAGUAAGUAAAUGGUUCUUAGUGGGAAUCUUGAAAGGUAUUUUGAAUUGAAAUCUGUGUACAAAUUGUAGAAAAGCCAUUUUUUCCCUGAGAGUUCUAGGGAAACUUGAAGUACUUUUUUGUGUCACAGGAAAGAAAGAGCAAUAUUCAUAAGUUGGGUCUCAUAAUGGGAAAAAAAUUUAAUAGUUUUCAAUUUUGCGUAUGCUGGUAUUUUUAUAGAGUCAGUUUGUUGAUUCAUACUUUUCUGUUAUUGUGUAGGUGACAAAUGCUGCUCGUGGUACAACAAGUGCAUUCUGCAAGCUUACUGUUGGAAAUGUCACUUUGCAGAGCAAGGUAUCAAUCAUUAUAGUUAAUUCAUCUGUAUGAGUUGGAACUUAUUGCAGUUAAUUAUUAAAGAAUAAAAUACAAGAUUUUUGUAUAAUAAUAUUGUUUCCUUGUCUUAUGUUCAGAAAAUUCCAUAUAAUUUCCCUUGUUUUAGAACUGGUAAUGUUGUGUGACAUUCUGUUCCAAUCAUCUCUCUUAAUGGCACCGCACUAAAAUGGACACCUAGAGUUGGUUCCUUCCUUCCUUUACUCCUUUUUGUAAAUGCUCUAUAAACGGCCAUCUCUCUAAGAUAGACACAUGGUGCCAGUCCUGUUGGUGUCUAUAUUAGACUUACUGAAGUUUGUUAUUUGUCAGUUUACUAAGUAGGUGUUUUUAUUUACUCAACAGACCAUACAAGAUUCCAUCAGCCCAGUGUGGGAAGAACCAUUCCGCUUCCUGAUUCAUGAUCCAAAAUAUCAGGAGUUAGAUAUUGAGGUAAGCUGGAUUUUUGUUUCCUUUUCCUUUGACUACUGUUGAGUCAAGCACUAAAAAAAUGGAAAACAAUCCUUCACGGAAACUUUGACUUUUGUGUUAACUUGCUUAUUGCCAGUGAAGCACUACCUCUUGGGGUGUGCAAGUCCGUAAGUAAGUUAUUAAGUACGUAAGGACGCCUCAAGUAAGACCUCACAAACCACCCUGCCACCUUGUUUUGAUAAGUUAAUUGAAAAGCAUUCACAUGUACUUGGUUUGGUAUCCAUUACUAAAAAGUCCAUUACACUUUCAUGGGACUUUUUUUCGGGCAGAUUUUAAGAAACGUUUGGUUUAAAGAGUGGAUUAGAUGUUGGGUCGUAAGAAGAGUGAAAUGAAAGGAUUCAAAUCUCUGGAUGACUUUUUAUGGACUGGUUGAACUUAAUAUUGAGCCUAAUUUCAAUAUAUUUACAUCUAGUUGUCUCAAUAUUAAAGUUGAAUUUUGCCCUUACAACAGAUAAUUGACAGCCAGAAGGAGAAGAGUAUUGGUAAAUUAGAAUUCCCACUAAUGCAACUACUGAAGAGUGAGGAUAUGACAUUUGAACAGCCUUUCCCCCUCAAAGAGUCUGGUCACAACAGCACCCUGACUUGUAGGUUCACAUUAAAGGUAUGUAACACAAUGAAAUGGAGAAGUACACUUGGUCACUCUCUUUUUGAACAGGCGACCCUACAGUGGAUGCUACUUUUAAAUGGUGAAUACAUUAAAAAAAUCAGGCUUGCAGGGAUUUGCACCCUGUCCACUGUUAUACCGGCGCAUUGCUCUAACCAAGUGAGUUAGCAAGGCUUCUGGUAGCCUGCACUACAGAAACUUCUGGUAUUAAAAGUCCAUCCGUCAUCCAUAAAACAGUGCUGAAAUCCUUGUUCAGGCCUCCACUUGACUAUGCAGCAUGAGUGGCUAGUUAAAAAGCCAUUGUCAAGUUACCAAUCAAAGUGAAGGGAAAUAUUUUAUUAGGAUUGCAUUGAAGGUUACCCUGUGAUGCAGUGUCAUCUCAUCUAUCACAAUAUGUCGCUCUUGGUAGGCUGUGGCCAUUGUUUAGGUUUCACUGUGAGGAGUCUAGGCAGGCAGUGAUCGUAAGCACAUAUUAAAUAACUGCCCUACACUCAUGUUAAAAUUAUGAUGCAUGUAAAUAUGACUUUGUAAUUGGUCAAGUGUUGUUUGUUUGUCAGGCAUUGUUUACAAGAGAUGAUGACACCUCUGAUGAGGAGGAAGCUGACACUGAAGAGCCAGAUGUGAUUGCUGCCGAUGAACUUGCUGGAAGCAAGCAAAGGUAACUAGUAGUAACUCUUGUGGUUUAUAACUACCUGGCACUGGACGAAUUUUCAACCCACUCAAAAAUUUAAUAGGUGGCUUCGUUCACACAACAAUCAACAUUAAACCCAAGUUUUUUCAAAUGCAUUUGAAUAUGACAUUAACAAGGAAAAAACCCCUGGAGUUGCCACAUAAUCACCUGCAGACAAACAUGUAUUAUCUUUUUAAUUAUUUUAAUAUUAUGAAUUGUAAAGCGCUUUGGUCAAUUAGUGGAGUUAGCGCUAUAUAAAUUAUGUUAUGUUAUGUUUAUUUGUAGAAGUCUAUUAGGAUGAUUAAGUAAUGCAGUGUAUCUGCUACUGACAGUAACGACAAUGUAGUUAUAUUAAGGUUUGCUCUGCUUAAAUUCCUUGUAUUCCUUGUUAAAUACAAUCCUGACAUUUUUACUUUAAUAUCCUUAAGGAUUUUAAAUAUGGUAUAACUGUUUUACUAAUAUCUAACUUAACUUACAUGUAAUAUUACUUUAAAAUUAAAGUAAAUUAUGUAAAAUUAUUUGAGCCUAAAAUUUAAAUUUUUAGGAACUAUAGAUCUCAGGUUAUUAUUUUUCUUUCAUAAGCAAUCAUUUUUUCUAAAUUUAAUAAUUAUAUUAUCAUGCAGCCAGUUAUCAGCCGUAGAAGUUGCCUUUUUUAUGUUUUGAGUGAAGUUAAUGUUAAAAAAAAGUUAAAACUAAAUUUAAAGUUCAGCCAUGAUCAAGAACAAUAAUAUUUGCUAUUAAAAGAGAGAAAAUAUAUUAAAAUAAAUUGAAAACCAAUUUCCUAUUUAAAGUUAAAACUCAGUCACUUUUAAAAGUCUUGCAUAUUAAGCACAUACUGAAGUGUAAACUAUUAAUAAUAGAACCUUAUUAAUAUCAUUAAUGUGCACAUGCACAGUAAAGCUUAAAACUCAAAAAUAAGAUAAUUUAAGUCUUGCCUAAGCAAAUACUGUUGCAUAAACUAAUGAACCUGUUUAAUAUCUUUUAUGUGCACAGUAAUGGUUAAAACUUAAAGUUAAUGUAAAUAUUAAGCUGUCGUGCAUGUACUAACUAGAGUAAAUAUUUUUUUCUUAAUAGAGUAACCUUCAACUUGCUGAUUUCGUACUAACCUUUCCUUUAACACCUUGACUUCUAUCUGCAUGCCAUAAACCUUCCAGUCUUGAAUCAGAUUAUGGUCUCCUAAAACGCUGCGCUUUUUUCUGCUUUUGUUUGGCUCCUAGCGAGGAAACCACUGUGAGACGAAGAAAACCGGCUCCCAAGGUUCAACGGUAGGUCAGCCCUUCAAUCCCCAAUAUCGCUCUACAUUACUGACUGAUUUCCAUACAUUUUCUUAAAGAGUAAGUUGAAAGGAUUUGAUCAAAGGUCAAACUAUUUUCCCUUAAGUGAUCAGUUGAGUUAUUUUUGUAACAUUUCUCGAUUACAUAAUUAUUGAUAGUGUUAGGAGAAAGUUGAUGUUGAGACUUAAAGUGCCUAUAACCCAUAGCCAAUAUCUUUCUUUUUAAAAAGUAGAAACAUAUAACAUGCAAAAACAAGCAAUAGAAUGGGAUUUGAGCUCAAUCUCGAUUUUUAACAGGCGAUCAAAAUCCCAGUUCACGAAGUAAAAAUUGUGCUUUAUAGGGGACUGGGCCGAGUAGCCUGUGGCAUCAACCCGGUAUCUUGGCGAUAACACGAUUGGCUUCAAGAUACUGGGUUGAUGUCACAAGCAUUUAGUACCAGGUCUCUCAAUCACUCCUUUUUGAAUAAAUAUGGCAGGAAAUUAGCCUCAAAUUGUGGAUUUCAUCCUUCAAUAAAAGUGUGUUGAAAUGCAAAAUAACUUUUAUUUCUGCGCAAAAAUUCUUUAAACUACAUGAAUGUUGGAGAUUUAAUAUAACUGAAUACGGGUGAUAGGCACUUUAAGGAUUGGGACUAGAAUGGUCGCAAGUGGCAAGCUGUCUGCUUGAACACCAUUAAUAAUUGCAGUACAGUAGUUCAACCUCUGACUGAUACAGAUUGAGACUUGGCUGUGCCAUACAUUUGUUCCUUAGAUAAGAAACUUUACCUCACAUUGUCUCUCCGUACCCAGCUUAAUUAUUAUCAAUAACUCAUUAUUAUUACAGAUUGUUAUUACCUUACCAAAACAUGCUUAGGUUUUUCAAGAGUAUGUGGUGCUAAUUAUGUGGUGAUUUUUUGGGUACUCCAUUGUUUCCUUGUUUAAAUGUUAUUUUUAUAAUAAACACCCCCCCCCCCCCCCCCCCCCCAAUCAGAAAAAAAGAAAAAAAAAAACAGAUCUUGUAGUUAAAAAAUGCAAACAUUGGUCACUGGAUUUCCUAAAGGAGUGACUACUCUUGUAUUUCCCUGCCCUUUUGUUGUUAAUUGCAGAAGUGUGUCCGGUGACAUUCGCCUUACAACUCGCUACAACAAACAGGGAAGCAAACUGGAAGUCAUUGUACAUCAAGCAAGGUUGGUGUUGAAAUAUUGAACCAUCUAGAGAUAACCUUCUCUUACAAGAAUAAGUUUCUAGUUUCAUAUCCAUUGAACAUGUUUAUAUUAAGACAAGUUCCUCUUAUUAAUGUAUUUACUUCCAAACAUACAGGAACUUACUAGCAUGUGACUCUGAUGGUCUGUCAGACCCAUAUGUGCGAGCUUAUCUGCUUCCCGACAAGUCUCGCAGUGGCCGCAGACGUACUGAUGUCAAGAAGAACACUUUGGAACCAGCUUUUGAAGAAACGUAAGUCUUAUUUUUAUCAUUUUUUUUUUACAUCAAAUCAGCAAAAAGAGAAUUUGUAACAGUUUCGUGAACAGUGAUUGAAGCAAAUGACAUCUGAAGUACAACAGUUACCGUAUGUGUUUACUUAGUACUGUGAGAUUCUGAGAAAAGAAAACCCAGGAUUACAUGUAUGUUUUCCAAAGGCUUUUUUCAGGGGGCUUGAGUUGUAUUUGAAGACAACAUAAUUAACAUAGAAGGGCUUUUUUGGGCAAAAAAAUUCCCCUUUUUGAAAGGUGACUUUAUAGUCAUGAAGUCUGAAAAGUUCUUCAUCAGAAAAUGUUCAUUAAGAUUAUUUUGUUGUUGUUAAACAUUUAGGUUUGAUUGGAUGGUUCCUGAAGACCAGCUGAAAGAUCGUACACUGGACAUUACAGUCAAGAAUGAUGUAUCAUUCUUCUCAAAGAGCAAGACUUCCAUGGGACAGGUACAUGUAAUGUCAUGUACAAUGGUCCUUAUUGUCUGUUAACUGUUUUGCACUAAGAUGGUUAUAUGGUGAACUUUUAUGUAUAGUAAGCUAAACUGUACAGCUGUACUUGGGGAAAUCGAAACCUAUGGUAACUGUUGAAGUAUUAGGUGUGGUCCCACCUUACACAUGCAAUUUCAUGCUGUAGUCUGUUUUAGCUUUCUUUAACAAGCUUAGUAACAUUUAUUUCUGUUGCCACCCCCCAGGUUCUUCUCGAUGUUGGUAAAAUGGAUUUGUCUCAGCCUGUUACAGAUUGGUAAGGAUCUCUUGACAGUCUUGAUAAUCUUACUCAAACAUGUUAAAAUAAUUCCAUUUUAACAACCAAAAGUGCUUUUAUUACAAACUUCUACUUGUUUCACGGUUUUGUUUAUCUCUUUUUUCCCUAAAAUUAGUAGCAUUUCUUAAUACAGUUAAACCUCUAAAAAAAAGGUGGGCGCUUAUUAGCUUCUUUCCCUGAAUGGGGGCUUACUAGAGAGAGGGGGGGGGGGGGGGGCUUAAUAGAGGAUUUAUCAUACUUAGGUUUGGUCAUAUCAAAGUUUAUAAUUUGGACACAAAGUAAUCAUGUCACAUGUAUAAAGGCCACUUUACCUAGUAGAACUUUGUCACUUGUGAUUUGUUUACAGCAAGCCUGCAACAUGAGUUGCAGUGUGUAGAAGUAACCUGUAACUGAUUUGUCAUUGUGUUGUACACUCUACAACUUGUUUUGUAGGUUUUCAUAUUGAGCACAUCAUGUGAAAAUAUUUUAGCGCAAGCCUAAAAGUUUACUCAUUUGAUACAAUUCUUAAGGUCAUAAUAACCGGUCAAUUUUUAGGUAUAUGCUGCGUGAUGAGAAAAAGGAUGAUGACUAA